CACACCCCAAAAAAGGCUAAAACAAACAGAACAGCUGAGAAACCAAAGGAGAUAGAUGCUGGUAACUCCAGCGAAGAAGAGCUAACUAAAGGCUUCUGGUCUGUAAUGGUCCCAAUAACAGAUCAUCCCACUCCCUUUCCACAAAACCCUUCAAAUCGCAAUGCUAUCAAACUACGAAUUGAUGGCGAACCCGUCGGAGCUGCCCUUGACUGGUCCCCCAUCCACCUCAUCAAAGCGCAUGCUGCCAGAAUGAAUGACAAACCUACAGACUGGAGUCUGAGGAGAGGCAACACCACUAUCCCAGCCAAGCGAACCUUCAGGGAAUUAAGAACAAAAGGGGAAAUCGCUAACAACGAAGAUCUACAAUGGGUGCGAUUAACUCCAAAAAUCACUAUUACAAGUGAUCCAAUGGACUUUGAAUACCCAGACAAAAACCUUGACAGUUCAAUCCAUGCCCCUAAGAACAUGGGCACAACAGAACUGCUGGAUAACGCUAAGGGAGAAACAAACCCCCAGAAAAAAAUA